GUGGAAAAACAAAUAAAAUAAAUAGAUGGUGAUUACUUUAAUUUUUGAAAAUAUUAUUAACAAAAAUUUUACCUGAAAUUUUAAAAAGUGACGUAAAAAAUGUUAGUACAAAAUAAAAAAAGUAAUGAUAAAAAACUACUAAUAAUAAGAGUAAACAAUUAUACAGAAUACCAGCGCGGCGUAUUCCAGUGGGGCCACCAUCGUAAGCCACAAAAAUGGCGUCUCUGUCGCCGCCCUUUCUCUCUCCCUGAGUCUCUGAACAGAGAAUUCGAUUAUUGCUCCCGGCGAUCGAAGCCAUUGUUUUUCAACAAUGGAGAAACACGUACAGAUCUUACUGAAUAAGAUCUCAUACGCUUCAAUCACCAUAGCCACCGUUGUCCUCCUGGGUCUGAUCAUCCAAACCCCAUCCACCUGCGUGGACCCCACAGCUCCGGAUCAUCCCACUUCCAAGCGGGCCUCCCAAACACUAUUCCCGACGUCCACCUGCGACUACACUCACCGGGCUUUUACCUCCUUGGAGAAGAAGAACAGGCGGCUUUGGAGCUCCAAGAUGUGGAUUCACGCCGUCGACUCGUACAAGGCCUUGUUCUCCACCUUUCAAGCCCAGACCCGGAGCCACCUCUUCAACCACUCUCGGGCUUUGGUCGUUUCCGCCGGUCCCGGCCAGGCUGUUAUGGCGUUGAGGGAAAUGGGGGUGGCGGACGUUACUGGUGUGGAGGUUGUGGAUUCACCUCCGCUGGUCAGCCGGGCUGAUCCCCACAAUCUUCCCUUCUUUGAUGACGUGUUUGAUUUCGGGUUUAGUGGGUACCUUGAUCGGGCCCUUUUCCCAAUCCGCUAUGUUGAGGAGAUGGAGAGGACUGUGAAGAUUGGGGGAAUUUGUGUGGUGGCUGUUGAGGAAUGUGGGGAUGAAGAAGUGAGGGAGAUUGUUAAAUUUUUUAGAAAAUCUCGGUUUCUGAAUGCUAGAAAUGUGAGCUUGGCUGGGGAGGAAAGGACUGCAAUCGUCAUGAGAGUUCAGAAAUAAUCGGAAGCUUCAAGGCGUUGAAGUCUAAUUGUGGUGGUGAUUCUGACUUCUAAGUGAGAUUUAUUUAUGAUCUGCUCUGUUUAAAGAAAACUUAUAAGAGGCGACAAAAACAUGGAAGAUCAGAACCGGGUGCUACACCAUUCAGAUUCUCAGACAAAGUCGUCUUCCUAUGCUUGAUGAACCAUAGGAUAAAAGGUUUGAGCAGCGGUUCAGGUACCUUUGCACGGAUAAAGCUGCAUUCCAGGAUGAAUCCGAAUCAAGUCAAUCAUUCAUUUGGGGUGAAGAAGUGCAGGAAAUGAAGCACUUCUUAGUUUGUAAUUGAAUGGAUAUGAAUGUCCGGCCCACAUGUUUUCUUAUGUCUUUCAAUCUUGGAUUGUUAAGCACACUAAUCUGAAGCUCACUACAGAUAAAUUGAACUCCAAAAUGCCAUGUUAUCUUGGUUUUUUUUUUUUUAAUCAUGUUUGAUUUCGAGUUUCGGCUUAAAUGAUUUAGAAAUUCUGAUAUUA